GGCCACGUUUGCCGCGCGCUCCUUUUUGGUUACAUUGUAUCAAUCUUGCAGCCCUAAAGGAUACAAACGGACAUCAAAAUACAGUGUAUUUGAGACACGUCGGGAAUGUGAAAACGCGGGAUAGUGGCGGGUUUUGCAGCAGGGACUAUGCAAGAGCAAUACAGGGGGUGAACGCGGAGCCCGAAGAGCUCGGUCGGUCGAUGUUUUUCAGUUCCCAGCCUGUGAUGGCUGCAGUCCAGUAAACUGGCCUUUCCCAUUUUUCCCCUUCAGUUGGAUUUCGUUUGGCAUUCAUUCCAAGUGAUUUCACCACGACUCUGCUGGAUUUUUUUUGGUAUCGUUCAGUUUCUAUGGAGUGUACUUAAAUAUUCUCCGAGGAUCGGGGUCUGAAAAUGGGGAAGGCAGGACUGGAAAGAUCUGUUGCUUGGCAGUACCAUGAGUGAUAAAGAAGCCAAAGAGGGUAACUGGCACCUAUGAUUUGGUCUCAUAAGCCCUGAAUGAGCAAAGGACUGUUACUGCCUUGUGGCUAAUGCUGCUGGGGAAGAAUCUGACUUCUCAGAACCCUAAACUGAGUCGAGUGACUGGAAGAAUUUAAUUUAUGGAAACCACAUGGGUAGCCAGGAUGGAUAUAUUGAGACCCUAAGGCAGCCUCCCUGCCCAUUACCAGACAAGGCACUGGACCUUAUUUUGGCAAGUCCGGGCUGGUGCCAAUAAGAUGUCCCUAAGCAGUGGCACUGCAGGCGGGAAAGGUGUGGACUCAAAUGCGGUAGACACUUACGACAGUGGUGAUGAGUGGGACAUCGGCGUGGGAAAUCUGAUUAUUGAUCUUGACGCUGACCUAGAGAAAGACCAGCAGAAACUGGAGAUGUCGGGGGCUAAGGAAGGAGGGGGAAUAGCAGCAACUCCUAGCGCUGUGGCGGCUCUGCCUGACAACAUUAAGUUUGUCAGUCCUGUGCCUACCCCACAAAGCAAAGAGAGCAAGUCCAAAUCGAAGAGAAGUAAAAACUCUAAAGACAGUGGAAAAAGUUCUGUCAUUGAGGGGGCCAAGAGAGACCCACAGACUCGCCCCCAGGUGGAAAGUGGUGCCGCUAAUGCUCCGGGAGCUACAAAUAACACUGCUUCAUCCAAGGCUACGGAUAAAAGUGCAAAAGCAUCUCGCAGUGUUCCUAGCGGUAAGAAGGAGAAGGAAAGCAACAGUGGAAAGAACAAGAAGGAUAAAGGGGAAGGGGCCUCGAGCAUGGCUGAAAAGGAUACUGGUAAUCAGGUGGUGAAUUUGGCAGCAGGGCCAAGAAGUGGCCAGUUUGAAGGAGUUCAGAGUACAGACUCUUCUGUAGCUGAUCAACUUGGGAGCAUAGCCAUUGAUUCAGGUGCAGUCACAACUCCAUUGGGAAUUAAAACUGAAUCAGAGGAACCAGACAAUGAAUGCAGAAGCCUAAAGAAGGUUAAAACAGAAAAGAUGGAGUCUCCCGUAUCUACACCUGCCCCUCCUCCACUGCAUCUCUUGGCAACUGUGGGAAACAGCGACAUCACCUCCUCUUGUGAGCAGAUUAUGGUCCGCACGAGGUCUGUCGCAGUGAAUACUUCAGAUGUUGCCUUGGCAACAGACCCUGAGUGCUUAGGACCCUGUGAACCUGGGACCAGUGUAAACCUUGAGGGCAUUGUUUGGCAGGAAACGGAAGAUGGAAUGCUUGUUGUCAAUGUUACAUGGAGAAACAAGACAUAUGUUGGGACUCUGUUGGACUGUACACGACAUGACUGGGCUCCUCCUAGGUUUUGUGAGUCACCCACCAGUGACCUGGAAAUGAGGAAUGGCCGUGGGAGAGGAAAAAGAAUACGUCCAAACAGCAACACUCCUGUGAAUGAAAAUAGCAACUCAUCAGAUAACAAGGGCAGUAGUAGCAGUAGCAAGACAAGAGCAGGUUCCAACAGCAAGGGCCGUCGUGGAAGUCAGAACUCCUCAGAGCGUCGCACCCCACCCCAUAGUAACACCGAGGAUGUUAAAGCCAGUCCGUCUUCCUCCAACAAGCGCAAGAGCAAGCCAGCCUCUGAUAUGGAGCCAAACUCAAGCUCGGAGGAUACAAAGGGUAGCAAAAGAAUGCGUACCAACUCAAAUAGUGGAGCAGCUCCACCACCCAUUGCACUCAUACCCACCCUCAAGACUGAGCUUCUCCCAUCACCCCUUGAUCGAAAUUGCCCCUCCCCUAUCCUUAUUGACUGUCCUCACCCUAACUGUAAUAAGAAAUACAAGCACAUAAAUGGUCUAAAGUAUCACCAAGCACGUGCUCACAAUGAUGAUGACAUUAAGGAGGAAAUGGAUGGGGACAGUGAGUAUGGGGAAGACUCCACACUUCACCCAGAGCCCGGAAAUUGCAAUGGGGCAUCUGUUUCACAGAAAGGCUGCCUAUCACCAGCACGUUCUACUACUCCCAAGGGCAAAGCCUUUGAAGGCCCCAGCCUAUCUCCUACGGGAAAGUUUAGCAGCAAGCAACCCAGCAAAAAGAAGUGUUCAGAAGCAGAGCAGGAAGUUGGGCCAAAUCCCAUAGAUAUGUCUGAGGAAGGGCCUUGCCUUUCAGAUGAGACAAGCAAUGAUGGCAUGGAUGACAAGAAAGGAUCAGAUAAGGACAAAUCAAAGAAGGCUGGUUUAAGCAGUGCCAAGAAUGACAAGGCACCACAGAAAAGCUUGAAAUCUGCCAGACCGAUCGCUCCUGCCAUACCUUCACAGCAACUUUAUACUUUUCAAACUGCUACGUUUACUACGGGAAACUCAGGUUCUUCUCCUGGCAUGACCACCACUGUUGUCCAGGCCAUGCCUAAGAGUCCGCAGCUGAAAGCCAUUCAGCCUAAGCCCACGGUUAUGGGAGAUCCCUCAAGUGUUAACCCAGCACUGAACACUUCAAAGGAAAAGAAGAAAAAGGACAAGAAGAAGAAAGAGGCCUCCAAAGAUGCAGAUAGUCCUAAACCAUUUGGGAAAGGAGGGAAAGCAGAGGAAGGCAAAAGCCCCUACUCAGAGUCCCAUUCCUCUGAUUCUGGAAUUAAGAAUGAUGCACUUUUAAAUGGGUCCUCCGAUCCCCACCAAAGUCGGCUAGCAAGCAUGAAAGCUGAGGCAGACAAAAUCUACAGCUUCACUGACAAUGCUCCUAGCCCUUCCAUUGGUGUUGCUAGCAGAAUGGACAAUGCUGGCUUAGUUCAGCCAAUAGUUCCACUCCACGUAGUGACUCAGAAUGGGGCAGACAAUUCUUCUGUUAAGACAAACAGCCCUGCAUAUUCUGACAUAUCAGAUGCAGGUGAGGAUGGAGAAGGCAAGUUGGACAACGUAAAAGCAAAAGCUGAUGACCAGAUCAUAAAGGAGGGAGCCAAAAAGGCUCUCUUUGCCUCCCAAGCACCAAACAAAGAAUCUCAAUAUUACACUGGUUAUGAGACUUACUAUUCUCCAAAUUAUGUCAACCCCAGCCCUGGAGCUUCCAGUUCUAGUACUUCACUGGCUGAAAGUCAACCAAUGAAAAUUAAGAAAGAAGAAGAACAGGAAUCCUCAGAACUGAAAGUGAAAGGAGAGCCUUCUGAAGGAAAGAAACUCGAGAUCAGCACAUCCAGCCAGCAGCACCAACAGCAGCCCUCAGUUAUUCAGCAGCGUUCCAACAUGUACAUGCAUCCCCUGUACUACAACCAGUAUACCUAUGUCCCUCCGUAUGGAUAUGGUGAUCAUAAUCACUUAAUGAGCACUAACUCUGCAUAUAGACAACAAUAUGAGGAGCACCAGAGGCAGCGGCAACCUUCUGAACAGCACCGGGUAACCGAGAAAAAAACAGACACUGUUAUGAAAGAGAGGGAAACAGUCAUGAGGGAAGACUGGAAGCAGAAAUCUUCUGUUCCUCCAACUCUUUCCAAGACCUCCAGUCUCACAGACUUGAGUAAAUCAGUGUCUUCAGGGAAACCUAAAGAUGCUCCUUCAGAGCCCUCAAAGUCGGUCAUUAUGACCAAGAUGGAUGACUCUAGUAAGAUACAGUCACAGCAAGUCGAAGGACUAAAGAUGAAACUGAGUGAAGGCAGUCAUCAUGGGAAGGAGAUGGUGGACACAAAGUCCAGUUUAGAGUGCAAUAGACAGCCCGGGAUGGAUCAUGCAAUGUGGUAUCGACAGGAGCCUGAUGCAAGAAUGUGGCCAUAUAUUUACCCAAACAAGUAUCCAGAGUCUCAAAAGCAACAGCAGCAGGAUGAAGAGCGGUGGAAAGAUGAUAGAGAAAGAAAGGGCAAGGAUGAGAGAGCUCGGGCCAAGGAUCCUGGUCCUAAAGACGAGACCAAGGAGAGUCCAGACCCUCGACUAGCUCUUUCUUCCUCAGAAGAUCAUCGAAGUUUGAGCAAGGAUUCCCGGCCCACAGUGCACAUGCAGUUCUCCUCACCCCUUGCUCAGCACCAGUCCUAUAUGCCCUAUAUGCACGGUUACCCUUACGGGCAGGGCUAUGAUCCUAACCAUCCAGGUUAUCGGGGUAUGCCCUCGGUCAUGAUGCAGAACUACCCAGGUUCCUACCUCGCUUCUGGUUACUCCUUCUCCCCUUAUGGCACUAAAAUGUCAGGAAGUGAGGAAGGUGAGAAAUCAAGGGCCAGUCCAACAGUCAGUAGUAAGUCCAGUUCAGAAGCCAAGGCUCUGGAUAUCCUCCAGCAGCAUGCCAGCCAGUAUAAAAGCAAGUCUCCAACAGUGAGUGACAAGCAGAUGCAUGAACGGGAACGUGGAGGUAGCACUGGAGAGAGAGAGAGAGAGAUGGACCGGCCACGCUCUUCUCCAUCACAACGUUUGAUAUCCUCACAUCACCACCUUGGAUAUCCGCUGCUUUCAGGACAGUAUGACCUCCCUUAUGCAACAGGUCUCUCCUCCUCAGCAAUUGUGGCCAGUCAGCAGGCAUCAGCACCUUCUUUGUACCCACCAGCGAGGAGGUGAGAAAGGGAGAGGAGCCUGAUACCUCACUGCUGAAACUAGUCAUGUGACUGGAUCACAUGAGGAGAUUGUGGCAUUCAUUUUGACAUCAGUUAAAUGGUGUUUCUAUUUUUUUAUGUUUCUGCCAUAAUGUCAGGCAGGUUGUCCUACUUCAGACAUCAUCAUCUUCAUCUUGUUAUGAAACCUGAACUGGGAAAGCCAAGCUCUAGCAUCUGCAUUGACUAUUUCAAAAGCGAUAGCCACUAUCUUUAUUAUUAUUAUUAUUUUUUUUUAACCUCCAUUGUGGAUAACCUUUAACAGAGAUUCUUUUUGAUAGCAUUUUCACAUGUACAGCAAUGGUUAAAUCACUACUUCUAUAGGAAUAUAUUUGUUAAGAAGUCUGAGCCCUGGUUUAUUUUUUUUCCCUAGAUUAUCAAAUGCAAUAUAAAUAUUCUGCGGACAAAGUACAGACUGUCCUGGAAUUUCAUUUUUAUGACAGCAAAAAGACAAAAUGCAUGGUUGUAUAGAGAUGUUGGACAGCAUUUUUUUUUCCUUUUUUAACUUAAAUUAUCCCAGAUGGCCCUGACAGUACAACCAUUAGGAUUCCUCUUGGCACAGUGCCAGCGUAAUUCUGAAAUAGGACAAAAUAUAUUUUUAUUAAAAUAUAAGUUAUGUUUGAAGAUUCACCUCUUUGAUUUGCAGUAAUUUCUCUUGUGCUGGCAUUCUUUUUUGAGUGUGCGUGUGUAAUUUAUGUGUGUAUAUACAUGCAUAUAUGUGUUUUUAUAUAUAUAUAUAUAUAUAUAUAUAUAUAUAUAUGUUUGUGUGUUUUUCUAAUAUUUAUUUUAUCAGUCUUAUCUAAAUUAUGCUUUUAAAAUCCCAACAAGAGGUGUUUUUUGUUUAAAAUAUUUUAAGUCUAUAAAAGCAGAAUAUGUUGUCCACUGGUAAGCCCAAAAAGGCCUACUCCCUUUGUCUGCAGGCUGGCAAAUUGUGACGGCCGACCGUCUGCACACCUUAGGAGCUUUCCUUGUAAGUCCAUUGCUUUGAACCAAAUUAUUUUUUACUGAUGCAUAUUCCAGACGCUUCUGUCAUCUGCCACGUUUUGUGUCAAUCAGAUUUGAAUAGUAUGGGAAGUGCAGAAGCAGACUUUAUUGUUCACUUUUUAUGAGGUGUGCUAAAUGUCCUGCUGCAUGCUUCCCUUCUCGACUCCAUUUGCCUUGUGUUCAUUUGGUGUAAGAUCUUGAGGCAACAUCUGGUUACUUAUUGAUUGUCACUUUCUUCUGUGUGUUACUUCGCCUCCCAGAAUAAUCUUUCUGUAUGGAAGCAAACUAAGCACAGCUUUCAAAGGAUUCAUUUUUUCCCUACCCCCAUUCAAUUCCCUUUUCAUAAAAUCGCUGUCUGAGACAAGUGUUAUUCAGGCCCUUUCUAUUAACUGAACGUUUUUAUACCAGUGGCAUUUUUUUUUUUGCUGGAAUGCUGAACAGCCAAUUUCUUAACAACAUGCAUUGAACAGAUGCUUCACUUCCCUGGUGUGGCCUGUGCUCACAGCCCCAGAUGUCGGCACUGCCUGACAUAAACAAGCAACAAUGUUAACAUUUUCCAUCUGAACAUAACGCUUCACGCUCUUUCUGGGUUUGUUCUUUGGUGGAGCAGUUGUAACAAAAUGUGUGGGUUUGCUUCAAUUUAAAGAAGCAUUUUUGUCCUAUUUUAUUUGAUUAAGUUUUAUUCUUUUUAUAUCCACUAUUUUUCUGUUGUGUGCAUUCCCUUAUGCAUUGUCUUAUUGAUCAUUUUAAGCUAAGCAUUAGUCUAAGUGAUUUAUUUCUGUAUCCCAGGAUGUACAAGAAUUUGACAGUCUUUCUGCCUUUGUGGUUUCUGUAAAUAUUGUACAGUGGAAUUAUUUUAAAAGUUUGUUGGAUGCUUUCAGACUUGCCUAUUGUACUUUGUUACAAACCCUCCCCGCCUUUAUGUAAAAUGAUGAUAGCUGGUGUAAUCUCUACAGUGCUGUGUUUCUCUUUUUUUUUCUUUUUUUUUUUUAACUUUUAUAUAUUUUUGUAAAGUUUUGUAAUUCUGACCCACUGAAUCGAAACAUUUUAGCUAAAAGUAACACUUCUUUUCCCACAGAUUAUUUUCUUCUUUUUCCAGGAAAAACAAAUGCACACAAACGUGUGUGAACGCUUGCAUACAAUACAAAAUCUGGCCUUGGUCACAGAUGGCUAACUAUGGUGUAGAAAAUAUUAAGAAAUUAACUCUUGGAUUUCUGUGUUAAUGUUAUUAACAUAAUGAAACAAUGUCUUUUUAUCUUUUAAAUGCUUGGCAGGAAAAGUGCUAUCCUCUGCUCCCUCCUUUUAUUUUUUUUUCUGUUUGUACUUUUUGUUCUACUUAUUGUAAUUAGAAUAAUUUAUGACGAAUGUAAGAUUGCCAAUGAGGCAUCAUGAUGCGUUCCCAAACACAGGGCCAACCCUUCUAUGUUCGCACACACUAGACAGGAGUAGGAAGCUGCCCAUUUCAAUGCACUACUCCUUCCCAUUGGUUACAUGCACUUGACGAUUCCUUGCACCUGAAAUGUAAAAAUGUCUGGUGCUGCUUACUGUGUGGUACAGAUUCUACCUGAUGAGCUAAAGUGAAUACGAUGAAAUUUUUGAGCCAACUGCACUUCUGCAGUUUCAUAUCCUAAGCACAUUCUCUUUUAAAUUAGCUGUGCUGUCUGACAUUAUUACAUUAUUGUUGCUCCAUAGAUGCUCCAGUCAAGGGUUUUCCAUAAAUCUGCAUUAUUAUUAAGUCUGAAUUAUUUAACUUGGAGAACCGGAUUUUAUUUAUUGUUCCCAUCACGUUUAAGGUAAAAGCUUCCUCAUAAAUUUGACUUUUUAUGGCUCAAGGUAGCUUAUAUUGUUAUCAGGUCUUGCAGUGGGAUAUCCAGACACUUGCAGCAAUAAGUAGACAUGUUGAGUUGCAGUCAAUUUAUUUUUUCAAAUGUUUAAAUGAUUUGCCUCUCAGAGAGCAUUCAGCAUAUGUAUUUGUUGAACAAGCAAAAGUGUGUCCUUUUCAAGGAUUUGUUUGAAUCAGCCUACAAAAGGGAUCGAGAUCAAUGUGAACUGCCAUCUCUAUGGAUAUAAGGUGGUCUUGCAAGGCAGUUGCAUAUUUUUCUGAAGUUCUUAUGUAGUGCUUUAUUUUUUUAAAGAUGCUUGUUGAGACAUUUUGAUUUAAGACGACUUAACAACUGUCAUAUCAAUAUAGCGCUUGAAAAAAGCCAUCAAAUAUAUGGGUGGGGGGAGAAGGGGGCAGCAGCGUGUUACAUUCUGUUUUUGAGUCUAUACUGUUUAUUGUCUAAUGCCAACUCCCCCAGUUGUUCAAAUCUAGCAGGGAUGACUGGCUCAAGGAGACAUCUUUAGCACUUGAAUGGUGGAUGUUUACAGCUUUCGGAGAUUUUGAUUUAUUUCUGCUGUUAAUUUUCAUGUUCCCUUACGCAUCUUUGUCUUUUCCCAUGUAAAGUGUACAUUACAAUUCUUUUUUUAUACGAUACUGUACCUUGCCUUUGUACAUUUAGGCAAAAAAAUAAAUCUUUUUUAUGAGACAAUCACA